AUGGAUCUAAAACAGAGUUUAACGGUGUCGUGUAGCGCAAAGACUAAAAACUGUCUUGUUAUAUUAACAUGGAUGUCAAAACGUCAACAGCCUUUCAGAAAUGAUGGGAGCUUUAGGGCAUUAGUUGGGAAAAUUUCGAGUUUCGUCAACAAGGGACAAUGUCCCGUCGAUAUCUGA